AUGGCAAAAAAACAUAAGGGUCGUGCAAUAGGAAUCGAUCUAGGAACUACAUACUCAUGUGUUGCAGCAUGGGAAAAGCAAAAUGGUCGUGCAGAGAUUAUUGUCAAUGAUCAAGGCAACAGAACUACACCUUCUUUCGUUGCCUUCACUGAUUCUCACAGGUUCAUUGGUGAUGCUGCUAAAAAUCAAGCUGCUGCCAACCCCUCUAACACCAUCUUUGAUGCUAAAAGGUUGAUUGGCAGAAAAUACAAAGAUCCCACAAUUGAGAAUGAUCUUAAGUUAUGGCCAUUCAAGGUUGUAUCUGGUGUUGAUGACAAACCAAUGAUUAUGGUGAACUACAAAGGCAAGGAAAAGUGUCUUGCUGCUGAAGAAAUCUCAUCUAUGAUUCUCACAAAGAUGAAGGAGAUUGCAGAGGCCUAUAUGGACUCUUCUGUGAACAAUGCAGUGAUUACAGUCCCUGCCUAUUUCAAUGACUCGCAGCGAAAAGCCACCAAAGAUGCUGGCAUCAUUGCCGGCCUUAAUGUCAUCAGAAUCAUCAACGAACCAACAGCUGCGGCUCUUGCAUAUGGCCUUCAAAAGAAAGCCAACUGUGAUAACAUUGAAGUUAAGGCCACUGCCGGAGACACUCAUCUCGGAGGGGAAGAUUUUGAUAACAGAAUGGUGAGUCACUUGGUACAAGAGUUCAAAAGAAAGAACGGAGUUGACAUUACUGGGACUCCCAGAGCACUGAGGAGGUUGAGAAAUGAAUGCGAGAAAGCGAAAAGGAUACUGUCACAUACUAAUGAGACUACAAUUGAGAUAGAUGCUUUGUUUCAAGGCGUUGAUUUUCGGUUUUCUUUAACUCGUGCUUGCUUUGAGGAACUCAACAGGGACUUGUUUGAGAAGUGCAUGGAGAUUGCUCAGAAGUGUCUUGAUGAUGCUAAGAUGAAGAAAAGCAAGAUACAUGAUGUGGUCCUUGUUGGUGGAUCUUCAAGAAUCCCAAAAGUGCAGAGUUUAUUACAGAACUUCUUUUUAGGGAAGGAGCUUUGCAAGAGUAUCAACCCCGAUGAAGCCGUCGCUUUUGGCGCCGCUGUCCAAGCUGCAUUGUUGAGUGAAGACUACAGCUUUGUCCCACCCUUGGUUCUGGUGGAUGUAACUCCUCUGUCUCUUGGUAUACAAUUAAAAGGAGAUUUGAUGAGUGUUGUAAUUCCUAGGAAUACCAUCAUUCCUGCAAAAAGAAGUGCUGUGUAUUUGACAGUUAAAGAUUAUCAAUCCUAUGUUACAAUAAAUGUGUAUGAAGGUGAAAGGACAAAAGCCAGUGACAAUAAUUUGCUUGGUACGUUUCCGCUUUCGGGCCUUCCUCUUGUUUUUAAAGGCCAUCCUUUCAAUGUUUACUUUGAACUGGAUUUUGAUGGUAUCUUGAAGGUUCGCGCUGUGGAUAAAACAACUGGUAGCAAGAAUGGAAUUACCAUUACUAAUGAGAAAGGAAGACUCUCAAAUGCUGAAAUUAAUAGAAUGGUUAAGGAAGCAGCAUUGUUCAAGGAAGAGGAUAAGAAGUUCAAGAGGAUGGUAAAAGCAAAGAAUGCUUUGGACGAUUAUAUUUACAAAAUGGAGAAAGCUAUGGAGGAUUCUGAUGUAAGUUCUAUGGUUUCGCCUUCCAAAAAGCAGAGAAUCAUGGCUGCAUUCAGUGAGGGAAAAGCUUUGAUUCAGAAUGAGCAUGAAACUGAAGCUUCUGUGUUUGAGAACUAUCUUAGAAGUUUACAGAACAUUUGUCGACCAAUACUGAUCAACAAGGUCAUAUCUGGUGUUACUGACAAACCAAUGAUUGUUGUUAAGGGUCAGGAAAAACGUCUUUCUCCUGAAGAAAUCUCAGCUAUGGUUCUCACAAAGAUGCACAGCAGAAUAUAUCACGUCUAUGAUAGCCAAUGCUCUGUAGAUGAACAAGUUUACGAGGGUGAGAGGAUGAAUGCCAGUGAUAACAACUUGCUGGGAGUGGAGAUAUUGCCUAAUGAUGUUAUCGCUGAGCAAUUGAAGUCUGUGCUCUCUUAUAUGCAUGUUGACGUGAUUGCAGAAUAG